CAUUGCGCCUGUUGCUGUGUCAUGGCUCUGCGCCUGGCGCCGUGCUCCGCGCGGAGGGGAAUCCUGCGGCUGCCGUGGCCCCGAGCCGUAGCCCCGGGACGGGCCAGGAGCGCGGGGAGCUCGGCCUCCCUCCCCAAAAGCGGCAGCCCCAGCAGGCUGCCGACGGAAGAGGACCUCCACGUAGUGAGAGCCCUUCGCAUGCUCUACAUGAUGCUUGUGAAAGGAUACUACAAACGGCUGCAUGAGCUACAGGUGUAUGAAAAGCAGCUCUAUGGCCCCAUGUACAAGGUGAGUGCAGGGGGGCUCAACUCCAUCAUCCUCUCCAGCACCGACCUUGUGGAAGAGCUCCUGAGGAAGGACGAGAAGUUCCCCUCCCGGGGGGACAUGACCUUCUGGACCGAGUACCGGGACAUGAAGGGCCUCGGCUACGGCCCCUUCACCGAGGAAGGAGAGAAGUGGUACAAGCUGCGAGCGAUCCUUAACAAGCGCAUGCUGCGCCCCAAGGACUCCAUGCAAUAUGGUGACAUGAUGAAUGAGGUCAUCACAGACUUCAUCAAAAGGAUCUAUUGCCUGCGCAAGAUCAGCCCCACUGGGGACAUGGUGUUCAACCUGUCCAAUGAGCUCUACCGCUUCGCCCUGGAAGGUAUCUCUUCCAUCCUGUUCGAAACCCGGAUCGGCUGCCUGGAAAAGGAGAUGCCAGAGCAGACCCAGGACUUCAUUAACUCCAUUGCUGCGAUGUUCACAUACAGUCUUCCCGUGGUCUUCUUGCCCAGAUGGACACGCAACAUAUUUCCCUUCUGGCGUCGCUACAUUGCUGGGUGGGAGGGCAUCUUCAUAUUCUCGAAGAAGCUGAUCGACAUGAAGAUGGAGGACAUCCAAAAACGAAUAGGCAAGGAUCAGGAGGUCAAGGGGGAGUACCUUACUUACCUGCUCUCCAGCAACACCUUGUCCAGUAAAGAUGUGUACGGCAGCAUCGCUGAGCUCUUGUUGGCUGGAGUGGACACAACGUCCAACACCUUGCUGUGGACCCUCUACUUACUGUCCCAGGACCCCAAAGCACAGGACACCUUGUACCAAGAGGUGUCCAGCUAUGUUCCGGGCAAAGCCGUCCCCACAGCCGAGGAAGUGACCAGAAUGCCGUACCUGAAGGCUGUGAUUAAGGAGACCCUGCGACUGUACCCAGCGGUGCCGGUGAACUCGCGCAUCAUAACCAAACAGGAAGUAAUCAUUGGAGGACAUUUAUUCCCCAAGAAUACCACCUUCACCAUGUUUCACUACGCCAUUGGCCAGGAUGAGCAGACCUUCCCUGAGCCACAGAAGUUCAAGCCGGAGCGCUGGCUGCGGGAUGGCCGGGUGCGGCCCAAUCCCUUCGGCUCCAUCCCGUUCGGGUUCGGGGUCAGAGGCUGUGCAGGUCGCAGGAUUGCUGAGCUGCAGAUGUACCUGGCUCUGUCUCGGAUAAUAAAACAUUUUGAGGUAAAACCGGACCUCAGCAUGGGUGAGGUCAAAGCUCUGAACCGCUCACUCCUGGUGGCAGACAGACAGGUGAACCUGCACUUCCUGGAUCGAAGCGGAGCCACCGCUCGCUGAGUGGUCCAAGGGUACGAGCAAAAUAGCCGAGCAUUAGGUCCCAGGUGAGGCAAAAACAUUGAAAUUUCGCAAACGUUAGAUCUUGCUUUCCUAAAAUAUUCUUUGGUUGCCUUCAAUGAUAUCUGCAAACAGUUGGAGGGAAAAAUCAAUCGUCGCUGUCGCCUUGGUCCUACAGACACAGAACCGAGUGCUGGAAGCCGCUUGUCUCAAAAAGGCAAACCUGCUUUCUUUAGAAACUUACUCCACUUUAGACUGCAGUUUUCCAAGCUUUUGUGUUGCUGUUACUCCGCUGUUUCACACAAGAUAAAUGUUGUCUGUUGUGCUUAUCAUGUUAGCAACAACUAUUUUCCUCAGCUAAUCGAGAAUGAGCAGAAAAUGUGUAGAAACAGAACUAGUUUGAUAAUUAAGAAAGUAUAUUUUGUGAUAAUUAGUUUUUACGAAAAUGAAAAUGGAAUGUGUCAGUAUUUUAUUUAAGAACAACUAAGCCAACAAUAACCGAUUUGUGUAUUAAAUAAUAGAUUUCUCUUUGCUUCAGUUUCAUAUAAUAACUUUACUCAGUGUCACACAAUUCCUGCUGUGGUUUUACUGUAUCACAAUUGUGUUUUCCUGUCAUUUGCCUCCUUUUAACAAUAAAUUCUUCAUUCUUACAUUGAAACACGGCUGCUGUAAAGCACUUGCUAAAUACAGAAUGAAAUGCCUUGUUCGUGUUCCUUUCCUGUUGCUAUUUUUGCUGUAGAAAUGUCUUAUUUCAAUACAUUACAU